CUGGCGAGACGAGGGAACGCGAUCGCUUCCCCUCGCUUAUUUCUCCUUCCCUCCCGUCCAAACCGAGGCUUCUUCGUUUCAUUUCCUCAGGCCGCCGGGUCUAGGGUUGUUUGACCAAUAAAAACCAGGGCUUCUGGAGGACCAUCGGAGGGCUCUGAUGGAGUUCUUGCAGGGCAACAGCGUCGAGAUCUUGGCUGUCGCCGCCGCCGUCGUCGCCGUUGGCGCCGGCGCUGCCUACUUGUAUCUCAGCAAGAAGCCAACGGGUUGCUUGGAUCCAGAAAACUUCAGGGAUUUUAAACUUGUUGACAAGAAACAACUGAGUCAUAAUGUGGCCAAAUUCCGAUUUGCUCUUCCCACACCUACUGCUGUGCUUGGUCUUCCCAUCGGACAACAUAUUAGUUGCAGAGGAAAGGAUAGUGUUGGUGAAGAAGUUAUAAAACCUUAUACACCAACUACACUGGACUCAGAUGUUGGAUACUUUGAACUUGUUAUAAAGAUGUAUCCUCAAGGAAGAAUGUCUCAUCAUUUUCGUGAGAUGCAUGUUGGUGAUUACUUAUCUGUAAAGGGACCUAAGGGGCGUUUCAAAUAUCAACCUGGACAAGUCAGAGCAUUUGGAAUGAUAGCUGGAGGAUCAGGCAUCACACCAAUGUUUCAAGUUACAAGGGCAAUAUUGGAAAACCUGAAGGACAAUACGAAGAUUCAUCUUAUCUAUGCCAAUGUCACAUAUGAGGACAUCCUUCUUAAGGAAGAGCUGGAUGGUUUAGCUCUGAACUAUCCCAACCGCUUCAAAGUUUACUUUGUCUUGAAUCAGCCUCCUGAACUCUGGAAUGGUGGUGUCGGAUUUGUAUCCAAAGAAAUGAUUAAAAAUCACUGCCCACCGCCUGCAUCAGGCAUCCAGAUUUUGAGAUGCGGCCCACCUCCCAUGAACAAGGCCAUGGCUGCCCACCUUGAUGAGCUUGGAUACACAAAGGAGAUGCAAUUCCAGUUCUAAGCCCCAUUCCGUCUCUUGGGUUUUUUUGUGUUUUACUUGUCCCUCAAGUUUUGCAGAGGACCAAAAUAAUGUUGGGGAGCCCUUGCUUUGGUGUUACCUGUUGUAAAACCUGUGAUCAGUCCAAUGAUUCAUGCACUGCAAAUCUUUGGAGAAACCAAACACCAGUUUAUUUGUUUAAAGAGAAAAUUUUUAACCCCUGGGAACUAUUGAAUUCUCCAGGCCACAUUCUACUAAAAUAUUCAUUUCUUUUCUUA